CAAAAACCCUGAAGAUCAAUGUUUCUUUCACUUCCCCCAAAGGCGUAGGAGCUUAGAGGCUGCCAGCGCCAUGUGGCUGCGGGGUGGCUGGACCUCGCUCUGGCCUUGGAGUAAAAGGGUGGGGGAGUCUCUCAGCCAAAGUGGUCAGUCGCCUCAACCCCUGACUCGUGGCAGCCCACCAAGGUUCACCGACAGGAGCUGCAGAGAAGGCAAGCCAGAAAUGUCAGCCAGAAAGGGCUAUCUGCUUCCUUCGCCAAAUUAUCCCACAACAAUGUCAUGCUCGGAGAGCCCCGCCGCGAACUCUUUUUUGGUCGACUCGCUCAUCAGCUCCGGCAGAGGCGAGGCUGGCGGUGGUGGCAGCGGCGCGGGGGGCGGCGGCGGUGGCUACUAUGCCCACGGCGGGGUCUACCUGCCGUCGGCCGCCGACCUGCCCUACGGGCUGCAGAGCUGCGGGCUCUUCCCGGCUCUGGGAGGCAAGCGCAAUGAGGCGGCGUCGCCGGGCGGCGGUGGUGGCAGCGGGGGCCUGGGUCCCGGGGCUCACGGCUACGCGCCCGCGCCUAUAGAUCUGUGGCUGGAAGCGCCCCGGUCAUGCCGGAUGGAGCCGUCUGAAGGGCCGCCGCCGCCGCAGCCCCAGCAGCAGCCGCCGCCCCCGCCGCAACCACCCCAGCCCCCGCCGCAGGCCACCUCGUGCUCUUUCGCGCAGAACAUCAAAGAGGAGACCUCCUACUGCCUCUACGACUCGGCUGACAAAUGCCCCAAAGGCUCGUCCGCCGCUGCCGAGCUGGGCCCCUUCCCGCGGGGCCCGCCGCCUGAAGGCUGCGCCCUGGGCACCUCCAGCGGGGUGCCAGUGCCUGGCUACUUCCGCCUCUCUCAGGCCUAUGGCACCGCCAAGGGCUACGGCAGCGGCGGCGGCGGCGGCGCGCAGCAGCUCGGCGCCGGCCCGUUCCCUGCUCAGCCCCCGGGGCGCGGCUUCGACCCGCCACCCGCGCUCGCCUCCGGUUCUGCGGAUGCAGCCCGGAAGGAGCGAGCCCUCGAUUCGCCGCCGCCCCCCACGCUGGCCUGCGGUGGCGGCGGCGGGGGCUCGCAGGGCGACGAGGAGGCGCACGCGUCGUCUUCGGCUGCGGAGGAGCUCUCCCCCGCCCCUUCCGAGAGCAGCAAAGCCUCGCCCGAGAAGGACUCCCUGGGCAAUUCCAAAGGCGAAAACGCAGCCAACUGGCUCACUGCAAAGAGCGGCCGGAAGAAACGCUGCCCCUACACCAAGCACCAGACGCUGGAGCUGGAAAAGGAGUUUCUGUUCAACAUGUACCUUACUCGAGAGCGGCGCCUAGAGAUCAGCCGCAGCGUCCACCUCACGGACAGACAAGUUAAAAUCUGGUUUCAGAACCGCAGGAUGAAACUGAAGAAAAUGAACCGAGAAAACCGGAUCCGGGAGCUCACAGCCAACUUUAAUUUUUCCUGAUGAAGCUCCAGGCAAUGCGGUUCUUUUCGCUUCCAGAGAGCCAUUCUGCUCCCUCUGUCUUCGGCUCUGCCCAGGAACUCGCACCUGUGCCGGAGCCCCAUUCCUCCCUUCCCACACUCACCAUCUCGCUGGCCGUUACAUCUGUGCAGGGCUGGUUUGUUCUAACUUUUUGUUUCUUUUUCUGUUUGCUUGGUGCUGGUUUAUUUGUUGUUUUCUGGGGGAAAAAGCCAUAUAGCGCUAAAAUUCUAUAUAGAGAGAUAUUGUCCUAAAUGUAAAGCGGUGACAGGGAUGGUUUUCUGUCUCGGGGUUCCACUGCUUGAAAUGGCCUCUGUCCUCCCGGUGGAGCUGGUUUCCUGCAGGGCCGGCAAACCUAGCCAGAAGGCGGCGGAGGUCGCAUUGUAGGCAGCUGAGGUGUCUGGCCUGAGGUCAAUGGUGCAAGGAGCCGCCACCGGGCUUGCCUGCCUGGAGUGCUGGGCUGUGUUUAAUCAGGAGAUACAGGCCCCUGGGUUUCUUUUUUCUUUCUUCCUUUCUUCCUUGGCAAAGAGAAGGGCUUGCAGGCAUGGACACGCAGGUUGGCAAAAGGGCUUGACUUUGGCUGAUUGGCAAAACUGAGAAAGUCAGAAAGAUUACUUUUUCCUUCCUCUGUAAGAUAUCCCAGCUUUAAAAGAGAAAAGAAUGACCAGGAGAAGGAAACUUCUCUUCCAGUUUGUGUAAGGUCUCGCAUUGUGGGACUAAAUUACUUCACUCACUCUGAAUUUCCAUGCCCUUCUGGCUGUAGAUAAAUGAUCAUAUUUUGUUUUGUUUAUACCUGCAGAUUUAGUGGAUUUUUUUUGUCAUUAAAUAAUUGUUACCACUGGUAACACACAACAAGCACACCAUUAUUCUCCCUAUCUUGUGGAGGUAUUUUCCCUCGUUUUUCCCUUUUUUCUUUUCUUUUCUUUUUUUUUCUUUCUAAAAUUCACGGAAACCAAGGAGGGCUGGGGCAAGCGGAAUAGACUAGAGAAGGGAGACACUGUUGGGUUUCCUUUAUACUGUGAAGUUACAUGCAUAAAAGGGUCAAACCUGUAGGUGCAGAAAAAGAAAAAACUAUAAAAUACAAAUCUGUAUAAAUGUCUAUUAUUAUGAAAAAUUGCCAAUCUUGUUUUAUGCAAAUGCAUUCUAUCGUUAUUAUAAAUGUUAGUUCUAGCUCUAUUUACUUCUAAUCUUAAAUCAGAAUAAAUUAAUAUUGUAAUGCUGCUGUGCGUGGAAAAAGACGAUGUUUAUGUUCUUAUAGAAGAAUAAAAGCUGUGGAAUGAA